AUGCAAUCCAAAGAAUUGAGGGAUGCCCACCAACAAAGAAAGCUAGCUGUGCAGGAGUUCUCCGAGCUCAGUGAGAGGAUGGGAGACUUGCGGUCUCAAAAGCAGAAGCUGUCCCGGCAACUUCGUGAUAAAGAAGAAGAGGUGGAAGUGAGCAUGCAGAAAAUUGAUGCUAUGCGACAGGACAUCCGUAAAUCGGAGAAGAUCAGAAAAGAGCUGGAAGCCCAACUUGAAGAAGUUGUAGCAGAAGCGUCAAAAGAACGCAAGCUUCGUGAGCACAGUGAGGUCUUCUCCAAACAACUGGAAAAUGAACUGGAAGCUCUAAAGCUGAAGCAGGGGGGCCGGGCAGCAGGUGCCACACUAGAACAUCAGCAGGAGCUUUCCAAAAUAAAGUCUGAACUGGAAAAGAAAAUAUUAUUUUAUGAAGAGGAGUUGGUCCGACGAGAAGCGUCGCAUGUUCUGGAAGUAAAAAAUGUGAAAAAGGAAGUACAUGAUUCAGAGAGCCAUCAGCUUGCACUGCAGAAAGAGAUCAUGAUAUUAAAAGAUAAAUUAGAGAAAACAAAGCGAGAGAGGCACAGUGAAAUGGAGGAAGCAGUAGGAACAAUGAAAGAGAAAUAUGAGCGUGAAAGAUCUAUGCUCUUGGAAGACAACAAAAAGCUGACAACAGAAAAUGAGAGGCUCUGCUCCUUUGUGGACAAAUUAACAGCUCAGAACAGACAGCUAGAAGAUGAGCUCCAAGACCUAGCAGCAAAGAAGGAGUCUGUUGCUCACUGGGAAGCUCAGAUUGCAGAAAUUAUUCAGUGGGUAAGUGAUGAGAAGGAUGCUCGUGGCUAUCUUCAAGCAUUAGCUUCCAAGAUGACAGAAGAGCUAGAAUCAUUGAGAAGUUCCAGUCUGGGGUCGCGAACACUGGAUCCCCUUUGGAAAGUGCGACGCAGUCAGAAGUUGGAUAUGUCAGCUAGGCUGGAAUUACAGUCUGCCCUCGAUGCAGAAAUUCGUGCCAAACAACUAGUUCAAGAAGAGCUGCGAAAAGUUAAAGAUGCAAACAUAUCUUUUGAAAGUAAAUUAAAGGAAUCGGAAGCAAAAAAUAGGGAGCUGUUGGAAGAGAUGGAAGGUUUGAAGAAAAAACUGGAAGAAAAAUAUAGAACAGAUUCAGGUCUCAAACUUCCAGACUUCCAAGAUUCCAUUUUUGAAUAUUUCAACACAUCUCCUCUUGCACGUGAUCUGACUUUCAGAACCAGUUCUAUUAGUGAGCAGGAAACGCAGGGUCCCAAGUCAGAAGUUUCACCGUCUACUUCAGUUGUAACUGCAGAGCAACAGCAAGAAGAACCAAUUCGGCUUCAGAGGAUGCCUGCUGCUCCUUCCCCCACCAUUCAAUCCAUUUCUCUAGCUGUACCAAAGCCUAAAGCUCACCAGCUCAAUAUCAAGUCGUUUACAAGCCCUACUCAGUGUAGUCAUUGCACCUCUCUUAUGGUGGGAUUAGUUCGACAAGGUUAUGCCUGUGACG